UCGGUAAACCAAUGGAAGGACAUCGGGACAUUCAGCGUUGUUUGUUAUGAUGUGUGAACUGUCACCUAGCGAACUUCAUCCGAGCACGAUGAGCGGCUGCAGUUCGUUUGAAUAGUGUGUCGUUUUGAUCGUGAAGAACGGCGCCAUGUCCCAACAGGAGCUCUUUGUGGACUCACCGCCGGCGGGUCCCGGUGCGAGUGAAGCCGGGGGAGAAGGCAGGGGCAGAAGCCGCCUGGGUCUCGUCGUCACGGGGGUACUGGGAGGGUCGCUGGUCGCCCUGUACGCGGGGGCAGCUCCGUUCGUGGCCCCGGCCCUGAGGAGGAUCUGCCUCCCGUUCGUCCCAGCGACCACAGCCCAGGUGGAGAACGUCCUGCAGGCGCUGCGGGUCAGGUCAGGCUCUCUGGUGGACAUAGGGAGCGGAGAUGGACGGAUAGUGAUAGCAGCAGCCAAGCAUGGCUUUCAGGCAUCAGGCUUUGAGCUGAACCCCUGGCUGGUGUGGUAUUCCCGCUACAAGGCCUGGAGGGAGGGAGUCCACUCCUCCACCUCCUUCCAUAUAUCUGACUUGUGGAAGGUCAGUUUUGCUCAGUACUCCAAUGUUGUCAUUUUUGGAGUCCCUCAAAUGAUGGACCAGCUGGAGCUGAAGCUAGCAAGGGAGUUGCCGAGCUCAGCCAAGGUGGUGGCCUGCCGCUUCCCCUUCCCUACCUGGGUCCCUGAACAUACUGCAGGAGAGGGCAUAGACACUGUUUGGGUGUACAAUGCCAAGACGUUUAAAUCACAACUGCAACAAGGAAUGACAAGACAGACAAUGACAACAGCCCAGGAGGACACAUGAGACACACACACAAGUGCAAAGCAUUAGAUGUUGCUGUGAGGUGUCACUGGGAAUUGUAAUCAUUUGAACUGUUUUCCUGUUUUUACCUCUGCAAAGGAGGUUUUAUUUUUUUCUGCUCUUGGAUACAGCUGAAAUGGUUGGAAAAGAUUGAAGCACUUAAAAAUACCCCUUAAAUAAAUGGAUGUGUCUGCCUGUUAGUAUGAUUACAGAAACACUGCUGAAACAA